UUUUUUGCUCAGGUAUCAGUUUAAAUAAAUGAGCAUUUCUAAUUCAAAACAUAAGGGCUAAUAGGAAGAAUGUGACAGUUUUUUUAAAACAUAGCAGCAAACAAAUAGUUAUUUUGAUUUAGCAAAAAAGCUAGGAUACAUUUAUUCAGGCUGGCACAUACUGGCUCAUAAAUAGCAUAUAAUUUCAUACAAUUAGUCUAGUCAUAGAUUGGAGUUGUGAUAAGUUGGACAGAAGUAACCUGGGAAGGAAAUACCACAUAUGGAAACUAGUAAAAACAAAAACAACUACAUUAAAUAAGAGAUUCGUAGAUAAUAACCUCAAGAUAAAUACAGGAAUAAUUUUUAGCUCCAGAGGAUUCAUCAAUUUGAAAGGAGGAAAAGUACAUAAUUGACAAACUUAAAUAUAAAAUUGGACACAGUUGAAAUUGUAAUGAUGUCAGAAUCAGAAGCUCAACCUCAACAGGGUCAAAUGAUCCUCACACCUUUUCAAAUCAAGAAGUUUGAACAUCUUUUCCACACUUUAUAUGAUACACAUAAAGAUAUGACAGUGAGCAGACAGGAUUUCUUUGAGCUCCUCAAGAAAACUGCUCGCAUUCGUCAAUGGAAAACAGGGAGUCCUGGCUACAAGAAAGCUGCAGAGAGAUUGGCUGGUUUCUGGUCAGCGUUAAUGACUGGGAACAAGCGCUACAGAAAUAAUGCAUUACAAGCACAUAUUAAGCUUGAUGAGUGGCUCCAAUAUUGGUCUGAUUUUGUGAUGGCAGCUUAUGAUGAAGGGGACUUCCCUGUAAAAUCCUGUCAUAGAAUAGCUCCUGUAAGCUACGCUUGGCACACCAACUUUCUGGAAUUCCUCUUCGAACUCAUGGAUGUCAGUGGUGAUGGGGUGAUUGAUAAAUCAGAGUUCACCAACUGUUUCGCAGAAUUCAGUCUCUCACCAGAGGAAUGUGGCAAAGCAUUUGAUGAAAUGUCAAAAGAUGGUGAGAUUAAGAAGGAUGAAUUUGCUAAGUUAUGGUACCAGUAUCUAACCAGUACAGAGGAAAGUGACCCAGGAAACAGCCUACUGGGAAAACUCUACACUCCUGCAGAAUAACUACUUUAUAUGCACUAUAACACUCUGAAUGUGUAUAUACACAUGUGAAUUUUUAUGAAUCAAAGUUUUGAUCAUGUUACUUCAAUCACCAUCCUUUGUUCACAAAACUCGAACCUCCUUUUAAUAUUCUUCAGGCCCUUUCUAUCUAUACACGUGUAAAUGUAAAUAUAAAACAUUUUAUCAAAUAAAUUGAAUUGAAAUGAUCAUGUAAAAAAUGAGGUGUAGUUGAUCAUUAUCAAGGUCAUCAUUAGCACAAAACGUGUUACAUCUCAUUCAUGACAAAUGUUGGUCAAUGAGAGGCCUGUACCAGGGGGGUUCACUUUAUACAAAAUUCAGUGAGGGUCAAUACUAGAGU